UCUUGAUUGGUGUGUAACUAAAAUCCUUAAGGAUGGCAUCGAAAAAAGGAUUGGAUAAUGACUCACGAUUUAGCCGUGUUACAAAAGAUCCUCGGUUUUGGGAAAUGCCAGAAAACGAAAGGAAGAUUAAAAUUGAUAAGCGUUUUAAAUCUAUGUUUCACGACAAAAAAUUCAACCUUAAAUACACCAUGGACAAGAGAGGCAGGCCAAUGAAUCACAACACUAGAGAGGAUCUUAAAAGAUUUUAUGAUUUGUCAGAUUCUGAUGAGUUGUCAGAUGAAGAGAUAUCUGAAAAGGCCCCGAAGGAAAAAGAAACCCGUAAAACUAAAUUAAAGGCACAGUUAAAAUCUGAUCCUCCUAAAACAUGUGACAAGUUACAGAAAGUGGAGAACAAGCUUAAAGCAGCCGAUAAGGGCAAGAAAAAUGAAGCCAAUAAAAAAGUAAAGGAUGAAGUUGGAUCACUCCCAAAAGAAAAUGUGAAAGGAAAAGAUGGACUUCUCAAGGCCAAACAAAAAUCAGAGACCAUUCUUUCUUCCCCAGCAAGUACGAAAUCUGUCCAUCAAGUCACUAAAAGUAGUGCUCAGAAAGAAUCGGAGGAAGACGAAUUAGGAUUUGAUACUGAUGAGGAUGACAGGAAAGUUUCCUCUGAAGCUGGUGAUUCAGAAUUUGAUGAGGAUUCGGAUAGUGAAGAGGAAAGUGAGGAAGGAGUAACUGAAGAUGAAGAAGGAGAGGACUCGGAGGAAGAUGAAGCAAGUUCUGCAGAAGUGGAAGAGGAAGACAGUGACAGUGGUCCUGAUCUGGCUAGAGGCAAAGGGAAUAUUGAAACAAGCUCUGAAGAUGAAGACGAGGAUGAUGAUGAUGAGGACAUUGAGGAUCUGACAAAUAAAGACUCUGAGAUUGAACAUGCCUGGAGAGAAUUGGACAAGGACGCGCCUCGCGGUGACCAGAUCACCAGGCGUUUAGCGGUUUGCAAUAUGGACUGGGACAGAUUGAAGGCCAAGGAUCUCCUUGCUUUGUUUAAUUCAUUUAAACCCAAGGGCGGAAUCGUUCUCUCUGUCAAGGUGUAUCCUUCAGAGUUUGGUAAAGAAAGAUUGAAAGAAGAAGAGCUCCAUGGGCCCACAGAGCUGAAGAACAUCUCAGAAGACGAUGUAGAUGAACACGGGAUGUUCAAAGAGAAAAUGAGAGAUUACCAGUUUAAAAGAUUAAAGUACUUCUACGCGGUUGUGGAAUGCGACUCUCCAGAGACCGCCAAUAAAAUCUAUGAAGACUGUGACGGGCUUGAGUUUGAAAGUAGCUGCUCUUUUGUAGAUCUGAGGUUUGUUCCUGAUGAUGUGCAGUUUAAUGAUGAACCAAAGGACUCAUCGGUAGAUGUUGAUCUUACUGCUUACAAACCAAAAUUGUUUACAUCGACAGCACUGUCUACAUCGAAAAAGGUAGAACUCACCUGGGAUGAGACUGAUCACGAUAGAGUCACAGCUCUGAACAAACCUUUUAAAAAGCAAGAAAUUCUGGACAUGGAUUUUCAGGCAUACCUGGCUUCCUCCAGCGAAGAGGAAGAAAUAGAAGAGGAGGAAUGUCUUUCAGAGCCUGCAGUCAAUGAGGAGAAAAAGGGCAAAAAAGGUCCUAAAGAAGAUGACGAUCAAAUCGCUCGUUACAGAGAGCUCCUGAAAGGCAUCCAGGAGAAAGACAAGAAACAGGAGAAUGAGAUGGAAAUGGAAGUAAAAUGGGUUCCAGGACUUAAAGAAAACGCAGAGAGGAUGGUAAAAAAUAAGAUGGAGGGUAAAGACAAGCUGACACCGUGGGAAAAAUACCUCCAAAAACAAAAAGACAAAAGAAAAUUAAAGAAGAAGAAAAAGGGUAAUAAAGAUGAAGUAGAGGAAGAGGAAGAGGACGAUGUUCCGUCUGAUGUGGACUUUAAUGAUCCAUUCUUCUCAGAAGAGCUAAAGAAAGCAGGUCUAAAGAAUAAGCCUGCUACUGGCACAAACGAGGGCGAACAUUCCUCUUCGGAAGACGAGGCUGAGAAAGAAAAACAGCGGGCUGCAAUGGCUCUGCUCAUGAUGGAUGACGUCGAAGAAGAUAAGAAACAUUUUAACUACGAUAAGAUUGUCGAGCAGCAAAACCUGAGCAAAAAGAAGAGGAAACAGCUGCAGAGGAAGGAAGGGAUAUUGGAAGAUGAUUUCCAGAUAAAUGUUGAAGAUACAAGGUUUCAAGCGCUGUAUACAUCCCAUUUAUACAACGUAGACCCUUCCGAUCCUAGUUUUAAGAAAACCAAAGCCAUGGAAAGAGUCUUGGAAGAAAAAGCCAAAAGACGGGAACAAAAACAAAUAAGGCAAGCAGAGGCAGUUAAGGGACCGGAAACAAAACCAGAGGACAUUCAGAAAAAAGGGACAUCUGAUGCAAAAACCACAGACCCGGCUCUGUCCAUGCUACUGAAGUCUGUCAAGAACAAAACUCAGCAAUUUCAAGCUUCAAAAAGACAGAAAACCAAAUAGCAGCUUUAACUCUUUUUUAGUAAAGACCCUGUCUGGGCGGUUCGCACCCCUCUUGACGCCCUGAGGCUAAAGCCCGACCAUAUGUUUGGUGCAGCGACUGCUCGUGUUGAAAUUAGUGCUGGUAAUUGGAUCAUAGUGAGGAUGUUUCAAGUUUAAUGAGCGGAAGAGACAACUGUGUUGUAUGGAGCUACACAAAAAUAAAACACUUGGAGGUCUGUAUCGGAAUUAGGGCUAAGCAUUCGGAAAAAUGUCAUCACAAUAAACUUCUGUAGCGCAUUCUUUCCUGCUAACAUUAGAAAUGUUGUCAAUGUAAAUAGCAAAACAUAUAUGUAAAAAUUAUACUUGCAUUUACCAGCUAAAGAUAUGUGUACUAGAAAUCUUGAAUACUUUUUUUUUAUGUUCAAUUCCUGAAAUUACGUCAACUUGUCACGAUAGAGGCUAUAUGAACGCAUUUAGCUGGGACCACUGGUCCCCUGAUACGAGUCCAUAAUCAUUUUACUGCCUUAGGGACCUACAAGCGCCAUGCUCUCCUUUGCCCCAGCUGAAUGAUGCCAGAACUCACAUCAAAAGUCUAUUGAAGGAGUUUAGCUCUGACAAAAUAUGAAUCAUGUAAGUGUAAAUUGAUUAACAUUAAAGGCCACCUUUCAAGAGGUAGUUGUGAUGCUUGUGUUAAAUUAUUAGAAUUUAAAAAAUAUAUAAAAACAAUGUUCUAGAAAUCCCCUCCCUCCCAACAAGAUGUUUCUUCUUUGACUUGAAAAUACAAGAUGCUUUCGGUAGUAAGAGUGAUAUUAAGCAUGUAAUACACUAUAUUCCAUGUUUGGGACUUAAAUGAUUGGUUAUAUAAAUCUGUUGCUUAUCACUUAAAACCUGACAAUUAUCUCUUAUGUGUUCAGCUGAUGCAAAACUCCAGCAGAUCAAUAAAACAAUCUCUUAUCAUG